AUGCCUACGCUUGGAGAGCUUGUGCUCAAAGGUGUGUCAGCUUCAUACGCGCAUCAUCAUGUUGUCGCCGUUACGGCUGCUGAACAAGACCUCCCUAGCCCCGAGACUCCGUAUCAGAGUGAGACACAACACAACGAAUCAAUUGAAAAUUCAGUUCCAUUCUGCUCAAACGAUGAUUUCGACAUGCAUGGAGUUGCAUCCAGACCGGGGACCGGAAUUUGCCCCUACUUUAUACUUCUUGGCCUUGCCGUCAUUUCCACAGCCACCCCAGCCAUUACCUCCCAGUUCGACUCGCUGGUAGACGUCGGUUGGUAA